CCAGGUGAAUAUAAGCACUCAAAAACACAUUGCGUCUAAAAAAUCGAUUCUAGUUUGACACGACUCUCAGUAGACUAGUCCUGUGUGGGCCGAAAGUCGGAUAAACAAAACUGAAAGUCCUGUGUGGGCCGAAAGUCGGAUAAACGAAACUGAAAGUCCUGUGUGGGCUCGUUUCAUGAGACUCGCCUGUAAGACGGAAUUGGCAGUCCUGUGUGGGCUCAUUCUGCAGUUUAAAAGGUUGGGAGUCAGGGAUCUCACUCUAAGAGUGAAUGGUAAAUAAGGAGCGUGUCAACUAAAAUAGGAUUAUAGUACCGCGUGUGAAGUUUAUGUGUUGUUGAUCGAAUAAAAUAAAUCAAAAUUAAAUAUGGGAAAUAAAUCUACAAAACCCGAAUUGACUGCAGAUGAACAAUGGUUAGAGAAAAAAUGCCCUGGUGCAGGACAAAUAAGCGCAAAUAGGUGGAGAAAUCCCAAAAAGACAAACUGCACCGCCUGGGAGGGGAACUGUAGCCCUGGCCCAAUACAGCAAUUAAGUAAAUGCCUACAAGCAGAGAUAGAAAAGACUAGUGGUAAAAAGAAAGACCUGCGCAUGUUCGAAUACGUAAGUUUCUUUGUACCAUGGCAGGAGGAAAGUAAGAAGCGUGAAGAGAAAAGAAACAAAAAGCAAAAUAAACAAAGCAAAAAGCCACCUACCGAAACCACCAAUCCUCCUCCUUAUCAAACACCUCCCUCAGCCCCGGGUCCCCCUGAUACUGAGCAACCAUACCCCCCAAAUCCUUACCCCCCUGUUUCAAAAAAUCCCUUUGUAAAACCACAAGACUCUUAUGUCUCAGCGAGACAACAACUGAAUCUAAUGACCCGCGAAGACCCACCGCCACGGCCCCCAGGCCCGUUAGGGCAAUUUCCGUUAAUUCAGGUGCCAAACCCAAAUUUCGGGCGAAUAACCGGAGAGCCACCACAAGCGCCAGGUGGAGCACUCCCCAGGGAUAGACAUCCCUUCACAUACACGUUUCAACCGUGGUCGGCCGAAGACAGAAAAAACGUAUUAAAAGACGUGCCCCCUUUAAAUGAAGGACACCAACAGUGGAGAGAUGCGGUAGAAUUAAUCCGCUCCAAUUGGCUGCUAAGUGGCCAAGAAAUGCUACAGGUCCUACAGGACCUAUUAGGCCUCAAAUUGGCCCGAGUCCGCGGAAAUUACACAGGCCUAAGACAAGAUGGCACCAUGUUCCCAGCAGGGGACCCAGACCUAGCUACAGCUUUAAAUGAGGUAUAUGAGAGAAUUAGAACGACACUAGCGCCCAGGCCAGAUUACGGAAAAAUAGGAGAAACAAAGCAAAAAGAAAACGAGUCUGCCUCUGACUUCCUAGACAGACUACGACCAGUCUUUAGACAAAACUCAGGUCUAGAAUAUGAUGAGGGCGUGAACACCCCUUUUGAACAACAACUAAAAAACGCGUUUCUAAAAGGCCUCCUCCCAAAGGUCCGCGCCCACGUAGAUAAACAUUGGGUCACUCAAAAUAACGGAAGUCUAGCUGAUGCUUUACAGCAUGCAGAACAUGCAGUAAAGGUACAGAAAAACAAAGCAGCACAAACCGGAGUUUUUGUGGUAACCACAGAGGGAGGCAUAGUUGCUUACGCGGGAAAAAAUCCACAGCAGAGAGGGAAAGGAAGGAGACAGAAUACAGGUGAUAAAGAAAGGCACAGAAGGUGCUAUAAUUGCGAUAAAGAAGGACACUUUGCAAAGGAGUGCAGAAACAAAAAGAGAGAAGACCGAAGGGACAGACGUGAGCACAGAGAUGACAGGGACAGAGAUAGAUAUGACCGUUCCGAUAGACGCGACAGGCAGGACAGAGAAAACGACAGGGACAGUGAAGAUAUGUGA